GUGACAGCUCUGCACAGAUCUCUCCCUCCCCAUCUUCAGACAGACACCUCUGCAUAUAAUAACAUCUCCAAAAGGGAACCAUGCCUAAUGUAUACCUGUGCUUCUUGCUUGCUGGUCUCUGUAUACUUGCCAGCUGUCAUCAUGUCCCUGGACAUCAGGGUGGCCAUGAUGGGCACGAACAUCCUCAGGAUGACCAACAACCAGCUGAAAGCCAUGAAGAUCAUUCGGCCUGUCACAAGAUCGCCCGAAGCGGUGUCGAGUUUGCCACUAAAGUCUACCGCCUGAUAGCUUCCGAGUCCGCUGGCAAAAAUGUUUUCUUCUCUCCAGUCAGCAUGGCUGCUGCUCUUAUGCUUGUGGCCCGAGGAGCUAAAGGAAUCACACGAGAGCAGAUCGUUUCAGGGCUUGGCUUUAACCAGUCCGAGAUCACCACAAAGGAAUUUGAUGAAGGUUUCCGCCACCUCCUACAAUUGCUGAACACCCCCGACCCUCAAUUUGAACUGAGCAUUGGGAAUGCCCUUUUCACGACGGAAAAAUUCCCACUGCGGCAGGAGGUCCUGGAUGAGGCUCGUGAUUUCCUCCAAGCAAAUAUCGUGCCUGCUAAUUUCGACCACCUUGAAGAAGCUAAGACCCAGAUUAACAGCUACAUUGAGGAGAAAACCCAUGGGAAAUUAGUGGAUGUUAUUGGGAGUCUGGACCCAGAAACUGUAAUGGUUAUUAUAAACUAUAUUUUGAUGAAAGCACAUUGGGAAAAGCCUUUCGAUCCCCAGUCCACACGGAAGAGGGACUUCUUCAUCAAUAAUGAAACUACAGUGCAAGUGGAUAUGAUGCACAGAGAUGGCCAAUAUGAAACCUAUCAUGAUAAAGAGCUGGGCUGCGAGGUGGUGAGGAUCCCUUACAAAGGCGAUCUUGCAGUCCUCUUCAUUCUGCCGAAGAGAGGAAAACUGGACCAGGUGGAACAGGCACUGAGCCUAGAACUUCUAGCAAAAUGGAAGAAUUCCUUAAAAUUAGGGAGAAUAGAGCUGUUACUUCCAAAGGUUUCACUGAGAACAAGCUAUAAUCUCAAAGAAACAUUUCGAGGAUUAGGUAUUACUGAGGUAUUUACAGACCAAGCGGAUCUAUCUGCAUUUACUGGGCAGCCAAAUCUGAAGGUUUCACAGGCUAUUCAUAAAGCUUAUUUGAAUAUCCACGAGAAUGGCACUGAAGCUGCUGCCGUCACUGUCAUUGAAAUGGUCCCUACUUCUCUCCCCCCUUGGGUUGAAUUCAACAGCCCCUACCUAGUAGUGAUUGGAGAGAGAAAAUCCAAGUCCGUAUUAUUCCUUGGGAGAGUUAUGAAUCCUAAUGAACACUAAUCACACAGUUGGCAUGCUCAGGAGGUUCACUUAAUGCUCAAGUGGUGGUUUAAUGCAUGUGAAGAGAUCAAUGUUAGUUCAUAUUCUUGAGCAAAUUAAAGAAUGAUGCAGAAACUUGGCAUCUGUGAAAAACCAAA